AUGGGCUCUACAGGCCACGACGAGAGCCUGCCGGAGGCGACGGACCCGGCCCUCGUCCUCGCGCUCCCGACGGCGCAAGAGCGCCGCAAGGUCUGGGAGCUGACGCACACCAUGUGGGGGAACGCUCUCGUUCUAGACGACUACCUGAAGCGCGAGGAGUACUUGACGACGGUGCCGCUGGCCAUGGAGAGCGGGAUCACGCACUGGAUCCUGACGGACAGCCGGCGGCCGGCCAACGACCGGCCGAUCCUGUCGAGCUGCGAGACGCUGCGGAAGCACGCCAUGUCGGCCGAGGCGUCGACGACGGCGACCGUGGUGGACGGCAUCGCGCACGGGAUAGCGUCUGUGUUUACGGACCCGGCGUACCGGGGCAAGGGCUACGCUGGGCGGAUGCUGGAGGAGCUGGGCCACCGGCUGGAGCGGUGGCAGGUGACCAGCCCAGCACAUGAAGAGGUCGGCGCCAACAGGAUGGCCAGCAAGACGGACAGCGAGGGAAACGGAAAGGACGGUGCACCCAAGACGCUGUUUUCGGUGCUCUACUCGGACAUUGGCAAGAACUUUUACGCGAGCAAGGGCUGGCCGGCGUUUCCCAGCACGCACCUGUCGUUCCCGCCGCUGGCGUUGCCCCUUUCGGACACGGAAGACGGCGCAGCGUCCUAUACGUCCAAGGCUGUGCACAGCGAGGACGGCAGUUUCACAGUCACGCCGCUCGGCUACCACGAAUUGACGGAGCUGUGUCCGAUUGACGUGCAGCUGCUGCGCGCGCGGCUCAUCCGGCGGGCCACGCGGCGGGCCGUGCUGGGCGGCGGCAGCGGCCGGCCCAGCCUCGCGGGGCCGAGCGUCACGCUCGUGCCGGACCUCAACACCAUGCUGUGGCACCUGAUGCGCGAGGACUACAUGACCAAGCACAUUUUCAGCAAGACGCCGACGGUGCGGGGCGCUCUGUGCACCUUGAACAACGCCCCCCAGCCCGGCGGCAGCGGCGUCAUUGUCGAGAAGCAGCGCAGCAUCUGGGUCAUUUGGACGCGCGGGUACUACAGCGGCCUGAAGACGCUCAACGGCGAGGGCAACACGCUGUACAUUCUGCACGUGGUGCUCGAAGACCUCGACGACGACUUCCCGGCGGACCCGGGCGAGGUGCCCAUCUCGCAGCAGCACGUCGACGGCUUUGCGGCGAUUGUGCGCAUGGCGCAGGGCGAGGCGGCGGCGUGGCGGUGCGGCGAGGUGCAGCUGUGGAACCCGACGCCGGCGCAGCGGAUUCUGGCGGAGCGGAGCGGCAUUGCAUACAAGGAGGUGCUGCGGGAUAAGGACAGCAUCCCGAGUCUGCGGUGGCACGGUAAGGGCUUGUCGGAGGACGUGGACUGGGUUGCCAACGAGAAGUUUGGCUGGUAUUAG